AUCCGAAAAAAUCGACAAAGUUUUGUUUGUUGUCGGAAAUGAAUCGUCCACGUAUUAGCCCCCAAUAAUUAUCUCUUGAUAUUAACGGGCACCGCUCUUUAGUGUUAACUUUGAGAAUUCGUGUCUAAACUGUAGUUGUUGUUUUCAUAAUGAAUGUUUCAUUCUAGCAGAGUGUGAGAUCCUGACCAAUUUUAAUAUGUUCGGAAGUGUGUUAUUUUAUUUACGGGUGAUAAACGUAAUCGGCCAGUGCAAGUUCAAUAUUAAAAUCAUUGAUAUUAAAUCUUCGUCCUUUUGCCAAAGUGGCAAUGCAAGUACAAGUACGACAUGCACUUUCCAUCAGUCAGAGCUCACCACUUUUUUCCUUUAUUGGAUUUUGGUGUACAAAUUGCAAGCAUUUCCAACCUUCACUGUUCGUAUAAUAAAUUGCUGUUUAGCUGGAAACACGAAGGAGCAGUUAAAAUGCUUGCAAGUAUACUAAAACAUUAGUUUUUUUAAGUUUUCAUUAGACACUGUCGUGCCUCACCUAUCUUUCCAGGAGUACUGUUGAAUGCUUGUUGCACACUCUCGGCUCACAUCGUUGAACAUAGCAGCAACAUUGACGUUGUGGGAAUUUGUCUUACAAAUUAGUGUUUAUAAUUGGAAAAUCGAAGUGUCAAGGCAGGUUUGUCCGCUGGCGCUGAAUCCAUUACUUCUCGUGCAUUUUUGUUACAUGCUGAUCACGACGUUCACUGUGUGAAGUCUCUAAGCAAAAUACGUCGCAGAUCUUUCAUUUAUUUUACACAACGAUUGUUUUUGUUAAGAAGUGGCACAUUAUUUUUGAAGCUAUUCCGUUAACGAAGCAUAGAUGCUUUUAAUCUUUGGCUGAGACAGCCUGGAACUGAACUGGAUCCCUGCCAAUAUGAUAGUUUAAGAAGCUCUCUCGAACAGUUCUGUCUUGUUUGUAAGUGCACUGAUAGUCGUUGCUGGUCAGGACGAUGAAGAAGCGUGCAUUACCAAAAGGAGGGCUUCAUCCAGCCAUUUGUGCAUUUAUGUAUACAAAAAUGGGUGGCGAUGACUCAAGCCCAGACGAUGAGUCUACACUCAAGUGUGGAGCUGGACAGUCACAUUCAGACUCUUCCCAUUCCAGCUCGUCCUCAGAACUUUCAUCCUCAUGCUCUUCUGACGAAGACAAACAGAAGCAGUCCCACCAAGAUCAAAACACAAAGGGCUGCAGAGAGAACUUUCAUUGGAUGAAGAACUCUUCAAUACCUGUAACGAGAGAAACUGAAGACAGUUGUCUUUUACAAAGUAAGGAAGCAGAAAAUGAGGAGAACCACAGUUUCAGCUACAUCCAGAUAGAACCAUGUCGAGGUAUACAGAAUGUAGAAAGUGAUUUUCGAACCCUGGAAUCACCUGUACACAGAGGCAAGGACAUUUCUAGCACUCCAGACUUCAGUAGCGUGAAUGGUCCUACACACAAACCGCCACUGCGAGGUUCGGCACAGAAACUGCCGCCCCCAUCAGCCUCCCCCUCCGAUAAAGGUGGCAGCCUUGACCGCCGACGCAAACGUUGUGAUCGAUCUACCCGUGAUUCCAAGUGCCGGUCAUCUGCAGCUCUCCGAUACCGAUCCCCCUCACCACAACAACGUCUACCAGCUUGCCACGGAUCUGUGCACCAUGGUUCUUGGUGUGACCUGUCAAGUUCACACUGCCACCUUCACAACAGUCACGGAUGUAGCUGUGCUCAUGGCAUGCCUACACCUCAGAUAUGCCCAUGCCGCAGUUUUUGUGCUUGUCAUCUGUGUUCUGGCAGUCAGCCUGAUCUGUAUGGAGCUGUCCAUGGGUGCUGGCAUGGUAGCCGGUCAACACUUACCAGCAAGCCCCCAGGAGAAGGAGAAGAGAGAAUUCGAAAACUGGAAGCAGACAAGGAGUCGCUCCAGUUACAAGUGAGUGUUCUGACGGAGCAGAUAGAAGCCCAGGGUGACAAGAUAGCAGAUUUGGAGAAGACAUUGGAUGAAAAACGGAAGCAGUUGGAUAACAGCGAGAAUCUUUUACAAAGGGAAAUGUUGACAAGGUCAUCCCUGGAAACUCAGAAACUUGAAUUAAUGUCCACUAUAUCAGAUCUCAAGUUACAAAUGGCAGCUCUUGAACGAGAAAACAUAGAUUUACGAGAGCGACUAUCGGAAGAAAGGCGUCGAAACAAACCACCUCUUGCACCACGGGCUGCUGCUCAUGCCACUUCCACACCCAUUGGUUCACCAGCAGCGAAUAUGCAGCAGAUACUAGUUGGGGCAUCACCUUCACCAAGUCCAGUUUCGUCCAUGUCUGAUGGCAGUCCACGUCGCAUAGGAAGUCAGUCAAAUAGCGGAGAAGACUACAAGGAUAUACCCCCUCCUAGAACACCACCAGCAAACUACCGACGCAAAGUGGAUCACUAUGGCAGCCUUCCACGGCAGCGAUCUCUUGGAGCUACUAUUGGAAGUUCUGGUGGUACCAGUGGGUCUGCUACCGCACCUGUUCCCCUCAGCCUCAGUUCUGUCACCAUGGAUGGUGUAGCCGCAAGGAAAGGCGUCGCCUUUGGUAAAGGACUUGGUCUUUCAUCGUUGCUACAUUUCCAACAGGCCAGGCGGAGGGUCGGGGGCGACAAGAGCUUCUCGACACCCAAUCUAGCUGAUGCUGAGAGGGUUGUGAUUGAGGAUUCACAUGUAGAAGAAGAGGAGGAAGAGGAAGAUGUAGGCUCAAGCUUGUCACCACAACAAAGUCCACUCCAGGCAACCAGAAACAAAGGAAUUAAAAAGAUAUUUGGCAGGAUGAAACGUAGUGGAUCAGGCAAUCUAGAGGACCUUCCAAUUCCAUCUUUGAUGACAGAUGGAGAGUUUCGGAGGGGAGGUGUGCGUGCUACUGCUGGUCCACGGCUUGGCUGGAACUCACAGCCACCUCCUCCACCAUUACCUGAUGGACCUUUUGCUCAAUGGGAUAGUGACUCCGUUGCCCGCUGGUUGACAGAAAUGGGCUUAGAAUGCUACGCUAUUGAGGCAAAGCGGUGGGUGAAGAGUGGUGCACAACUGUUGGCUGCAUCACAGCAAGAGAUUGAAAAGGAGCUUGGAAUAAAGAACCCACUGCACCGAAAAAAGCUGCUGUUGGCACUGGCUUCAGUAUCUGAGAGCCCUGCUGCUCGUGCUGAUCCCCUGCUGGCAGCAGCUGGGCACCUAGACUCUGCAUGGGUUUUGCGGUGGCUGGAUGAUGCUGGUUUGCCUCAGCACAAAGAGGUAUUCUUAGCAGCAAGGGUGGAUGGCCGCGUGCUUCACCGGCUUGCUGAGCAAGAUCUUGCUUUGCUGCAUGUUACUUCUAGCCUUCAUGUUGCUAGUUUACGGAGAGGAAUUCAGGUUCUAAGAGAUCAUAACUUUGAGCCUGAUUGCCUCAAAAGAAGAUCAUUGCCAGAUGAAAGCAGUCAACCAACACCACAAGAAGUUGCUCUGUGGACAAAUCAUCGUGUCAUGGAGUGGUUACGUGCUGUUGAUUUGGCUGAAUAUGCCCCUAACUUACGUGGUUCAGGUGUCCAUGGUGGCCUAAUGGUCCAUGAGCCACGCUUCACAGCUGAACUGCUGGCGAGCUUACUGUCCAUUCCACCAAGCAAAACAUUGCUGCGACGACACCUCAACACGCAUUUCAAAGAACUUCUGGGGCGUGAUUGUAUACAAGAGAAGAGGGAAGCUGAGGCGACCCUUGGUUAUGUCCCACUUUCAGCUACAACCAAAGUUAAGCUUGCCAAGAAAAGCCAAUUCACUCUGAAACGCAAGAAGUCAAAAUCAGAACUUGACUUUGGAGAUUUGGUGUGCCCAAUGGAUUCUGCCAAGCAAGGUGAAGCAUCCCAUGGUGAUGGAGCUAUGAAAAUGAACGCACAACAAAAGGCCGGGGUUGUCUCUCAGGUCACUGAUGCUCAAGGCACAGUUCUGGCUCAACCUUCGAGAGACUCACCUCAAGGUGAUCGAACGAGCAACGUAUGAAAUUGUAUGAGGAAGCUGAUGUUGUUUUCAUCAGAAUACUGUCCUGCUUGGCUGCUUCAGGAAUGUACAUUGUUUGGAGUGGAAACAACUGGUGAAUUUUAUCUAUUAUGUUGAAGAUAGUAUCAGUUGCUAGGAAGGAAAAAUGUUCCCACAUAUGUACAUUUCGUGUGUAAUUUCAUUAUUGCCUUUUCUCAUGCCCCCACCCCCCCCCCCCUUUUUUUUUUUUUUUUUUUUUUUUUUUUUUUUUUUUUUUUUUUUAAAAGUUCAUGGCCAUUAAACUUCAAUGCAGGAUGAAACAUUAAGUGACUUUUGAUACAGAUUAAUUAAGUUUUUUACAAUAUGAGUGCAUAUCACCAUUAUACUUACGUUGGAAAUAGGUUAUUAAAAUUAUGUAUAUUUUUGCACAAAAGUUUUCAAUUUUGUUAUUAUUUGAAAUAGAAUUUUGGCAAUGUCAAGACUAUAACCAAGUACUUAUGUAGCCCUAAGUUUUGUAAUUUUAUGAUUAUUUCUCAACUUACAAUAUUUUGCAAAAGAGAGAAGAGGAAACAUCACAUUUUUAUUCCUAACUCUCAUUAAUUAAAAACCAUAUUUUCAGCUCAUUGUAAAGUGUACUAACCCUAAAAAAAAGGGCCAGUAUGAAUUGGUAUUUUUUAUAUUUUGUGAGAUUGUUAAAGAACCUCUUUUGUAAAAAUAUUACAGACACUUUAUGAAGCUACCUCAAGCUCAUUGUUAGACAUUUAUCAGUUUAAUGACAGAUUAAAUCAUUAAAGGUAUGCAGAAUACAUACAUAAUAUAUUCACAUGAAUAUAAAAAAUCUUGUAUGUACCUGCAUAUUGAAUUUUCUAGUCCUUUUGACCCUGAAGGAUUUUUGUACUUUUUUCCUAAAGGCAUUUUGUUGAAAGUAUGUAACAACAAUUUUGGCUCUGAAAAAUGUUUAUGCAAAAUAAUCCUGUAACAUAUUGUUUUUAAUUCUGGGACCAAUGUACUAGGUUUACUCAGGCAUGUGGAAGAAUGUGUCAAAUUCUUGUUGUAAGUACUAUGUACAGGUGAGAGUGUAAAAAGAAAAAAAACUGAUGUCUUCCUUUUAUGUGCAUUAUUUCAUCAAACUGCACCUUUAUUAAUGUCAUGUUGAAUGUGUCUACUGUAUUUAGGCACUAUCAUGAAAUGUUGUUAUAAUAAGUCAUCAAUGCCAAGAAUAAUUUUAUUGUAUAUAUGUGUGUAUGGCCAUGAUUGAGGCUGAUGUUAAUUCACUUGUGUAUGUACUAUAGCUCUAAAAAAUAAAUGACUAUCAGAUUGUGUAGACCACAAAUGAAAAAAGUUACUCUUAUAUCAGUGCAGCAAGCUGAAGAAGUGUCUCAUGCCAUGGUUGGAAAAAGGUACACCAUGUGCUGCAAAUUUCCACUGCAAUGCUUCUCUAAAAUACUUGUAUGGUAGUCCUUUCUUUGAUUGACACCCAUAAAAAAUUAAAGUAACCCUCUGAAAAACCUUUCACUCGCAGAAAUAUGACAUUUAUUAUGUUUGAAGUAAGAUAUGAACCUGUCAUGGAUAUAUGAUGUUGGUAGCAUGUGAAUGCCCUUUAAAUCAAUGUGUUCUCUCUGUAUUUAAAUUACCUAUUUACACAGUUUGCUACAGAAUUUGUUCUUUAUGCUGACUACAGCGUCAUAUUUCUGGACUUUUGGAGUAUUUAACGGUUAUCUUGUUAUGUUCAACCAUUGUGCAUAGUGAUUCCCAUGAGUCGGAAGAGUUACAUUGUUGUUUAAUGUAACAGUAUUAAAAGCUUUUACAAAAAGUC